UCCCAGGGCACUGUUAUCCCGGCCUGGCCCGGGCAGAGCCGCUGUGCCGGGACACUGCUCCCGUCCCGUCCCUCCCAGGGCGCUGUUAUCCCGGCCUGGCCCGGGCAGAGCCGCUCCCGCGCCGCCGCGGCCUGCCCGCCCCUCCCGCAGCCGGAACGCGCCGCGCGGGGCCGCGUUGCGCGGGGAAGGGCGCGCGGCGGCACCGGCGGCCGCCAUGGCGGUGGAUAUCACGCUGCUGUUCAAGGCCAGCGUGAAGACCGUGAAGACCCGCAACAAGGCGCUGGGGGUGGCGGCGGCGGGGGACAGCGCCAGGGACGAGCUGCUCAAGCGAGGCACCGCCCGCUCCAAAAGCGACUUCACCGGCAGGGCGCGGGAGGUGAUUUCUCAUAUUGGAAAGCUGAAAGAUUUUCUUCUACAACACAGAAAGGAUUACAUUAAUGCUUACAGCCAUAUUAUGUCUGAUUAUGUGAGGAUGACGGAUACAGAGCGUGACCAGAUAGAUCAAGAUGCCCAGGUGUUCAUGAGAACGUGUGCUGAUGCCAUUCAUCAGCUCAGAACAGAAGCACACAAGGGUGUCCAGUCUGCUCAGGUGAAGGAGCACAGAACAGCUGUCUUGGACUUCAUUGAAGAUUACUUAAAAAGAGUGUGCAAGCUGUAUUCUGAACAAAGAGCCAUCCGAGUUAAGCGAGUGAUAGACAAGAAGAGACUGUCCAAACUUGAACCUGAGCAGACCAAUGUGUCCAAAUCACCUCUUUCCUCUGAAAAAUCUUCAGAGAGUCCUUCAGAGGAUUCAGAAGAAAAACUUUCUGCAGAGGAAAGCAAAGACAGAAAUCUACCUGAUGCCCAAAGUAACCUUGGAUUAUGGGGGGAUGGCAGAGGUGAAGACGAGCUGUCACCUGAAGAAAUACAAAUGUUUGAACAGGAGAACCAGAGACUUGUUGGUGAAAUGAACAAUCUCUUCGAUGAAGUCAGACAAAUCGAAGGAAAAGUGGUGGAAAUCUCCAGAUUACAAGAGAUAUUCACAGAGAAAGUCUUGCAACAGGAAACUGAUAUUGACAAUAUCCAUCAAUUAGUUGUGGGUGCAACAGAGAAUAUAAAAGAAGGAAAUGAAGACAUAAGAGAGGCCAUCAAAAACAAUGCUGGAUUUAGAGUAUGGAUCCUCUUCUUCCUUGUGAUGUGUUCAUUCUCCCUUCUUUUCCUGGACUGGUAUGAUAAUUAAUUAAACAUACUAUUGGCUCCAUA